AGAACUCUGCCAAAUUUAGUUGCAGAUAAAGUCGGAAUAUUCCCUGUGUUCAUCCCCUGUUUGAUCAUAGCUGGUGCAAUCGUGUUCGCCAUGUUUGCCAUCAGCAGCAUACCGGCAGUGGUGAUAUUCUGUCUGUUGUACGGGUUCUUCUCUGGAGCUUACAUCAGCCUGCUCGGACCGAUGUUCGCCGCGAUGGCAGAUCAUCCUUCGGAGAUGGGCGCACGAAUGGGCUUUGCUUUCGCCCUUGUAGGCGUAGCGGCACUGAUUGGAACACCGAUCGAUGGUGCGCUGGUGGGCAGCGGCCCCGAAUAUGAGUGGUGGAAAGCAAUUGUAUUUAGUGCGGUAGGUUAUGUAAGAGCGACACAUCUUAUCGUAGCUUACCAUGCUCUUAUCAGAUUGUCAUGCUGGUCGGAUGCGCAUUUGGGAUCGUUGGAAGUAUCAUGCUCGCGAAGAAGCGGGGAAACGAUGGGUCUGACAUACGGCAGCUAUCUCAUGAUGUUGAAAUCCAACAUUUUCCACUAA